AUGCCUUUGAGCAAGACAAUCCCCCUGGAUGAGUACCUCGAGGCUCACAAAGAGAAUCUCAACCGCGAGAGCGAGCCUCGCCCGAUUGCCCAGCCCACCGGCUCCUACGCCAUGCCUCUCCGCCCCCUCUUCGACAUGGAUGAGGAGAUGACUGAGGAAGAGGCGCGCUUCUUUAACCGUCGCUAUCAGACCUUUGUCGAUAAUGCGAACACGUUCAUUACCAAUCAAUGCCAGACCCCCGAAGACGCCAUCCAGUUCCUCGUCCGCCGUAUCGCCCGCCAGGAUGCCGCCGUCGACCGCCUGGAGCGCAAGUUCACCAAGUCAGUCGCUGCUGCUGUGGAGCAAGAGAUUGAUAUCUUCCUCGGCAAUAAGCCCACUCUCGAGCGCAUUCGUGGCAUUAACCGUCGGUUAAAUCAGAUGCAGCUCGAGCUCAAGACUUUUAAGGAUGAGGUCAAGGCUCAUCCUGAGUUCAGCGGCAGUCCGGAGGAUGUCAAGGCUCGGAAGGCGGCCAUGGCUGCUGCUGCCGGCGUGGCUAACCAGAGCAAGAAGCGGAAGAAGGUUGCGGGAACGGCUGUGCCUGUCGGGAAUGGUGCUGGACAGGGGCCUGAUGGGUUGGAUAUGAUUUAUGAAUCCUUGAACAACAUCGUCUCCCACAUGCGAGAUCUCCGCAGCAACUCGAGCCUUGUCACCGCUUCUGAUGAGGAGCAGUGUCUCCCUCAGUUGGGCCAGUUGCAGUUGACUACUCCCACCAAAGCUGAGGAUAUCAAGAAGGAGGAUGAUGCCCGUGCGAAGCUGGACGGCGCGGGUGACGACGCCGAGAUGGCGGAUGAUGAGGCUAGCCAGAUGACUGCUACUUCGCCGCUUGCCGUCCCCACUUCCGCGGCCAACACCCCCACGCGUAGGUUGGGCAGCGGGAUUGCUUAUUGCUUGCCUGUUAGGACUGUUGAGUAG